GAAAAUAUAUUGGAAGUUGAUCACAAUAACAAGACUAUUGUUAAUCAUAUUCCAGAAAUGGUUGAUAUUGUUGGUGAUCCUUUAGAUCCAAUUAAUAGAAUGCCACCAAAUAGAUAUGAAAGAUAUGACAGAAUAAAAAAAGGUCCUUUUCAACCAGUUAUUACAUUUCCUAGGAGACAGAUUGGGGUUUCAAAUAGAAGUUUUCAUGCUCUUUGGUAUAAAGAUUUUAAUUGGCUAGAAUAUAGUUCAGCUUUGGAUGCUGCUUUUUGUUUUGCUUGUCGCUGUUUUAGCAUGGACAUAACAUCACAUAGAGGUCACUUCGAUCCUGCUUUUAUUAGUACUGGAUUCAGAGGAUGGAACAUGGCUACAAAAAAAUUCAAAUUACAUCAAAUGUCAGCUAUUCAUAUAAGUAGUGUUCAAACAUUAUCAGCAUAUUUUAAAGACAUUCCUAUUGAUGUACAACUAGAAAAGAAAAGAAUAGAAUGUUUAAGUAAACAAGAAGAGAAAAGAAUUAAUAACCGUAUAAUUAUGAAAAAACUAAUUGAUAUAAUAAUAACUAUAGCGAAAGGUGGUCGUGCAUUACGUGGUCAUAAUGAAAAUUCAAAAAGUUUAGAAAAAGGUUUGUUUCUAGAAAUUGUUGAACUCAUUUCUAGGUAUGAUCCAGUAAUGAAGGAUCAUUUAGAAAAUGCUCCAAAAAAUUCAACCUAUAUAAGUCCAGAUAUUCAAAAUGAUAUUAUGAAAAGUAUUCAAAAUGUUAUGCUUCGUUCUAUUAUUUCAUCAAUAAAGUGUAAACCUGUGUCUAUUAUAGCUGACGAGACAACUGAUUUAGGACACAAUGAGCAACUUUCUCUUGUUAUCAGAUAUUUUGAUGAAGAAACUUACAUGCCUGUUGAACGCUUUAUUGGUCUUCAUAGAGUUGAAAAAGUUGAUUCUCAAUCAAUAUUUGAUGAACUAUCCAAAAUGUUAUCAAGUUUAACUAUUGAGUGGAAUGAUAUUACAUCAGUUUGUUUUGAUGGAGCGGCAACCAUGUCAGGUUCAAUAGGUGGUGUUCAAAAAAAAUUUAAAGAAAUGAAUUCUAGUAUUAUGUAUGUACAUUGUUACGCGCACUGCCUAAACUUAGUACUAGUUGAUGCUUGUACGUCUUCUAAAGAAAAUCGCAUAGUUUUUGAAUUUUUUGGAGUAGUGCAACUAACAUAUACUUUUAUAGAAGGUAGUGCUGUCCGUCACGCUAUUCUUGAGAACAUUUCUAAACAAAUAAAUGUUACAUUGAGAACUAUGAAGUCACUGUCAACAACAAGAUGGGCAUGUAGGGCAGAAGCCGUCAGUGCCAUAAAACAUAAUUAUUUAGCACUGAUUAAAGCCUUAGAAAAUAUUACUUAUUCAACAAAACAAACAGAUGUUAAUGCUAAAGGACGUGGAUUAUUAUAUCAACUUAAAAAUUUUAAUUUUAUUCUUGGACUUUAUAUGAUGGAUCCUAUACUUACAAUGAUUAAUAAAGUAAGUAAAUAUUUACAAAGUGAAAAUUGUGAUUUAUUAUCUGCUAUGAACUACAUUAAAUCUCUUAGAUCUGCUAUUAAUGAUAUGCGUUCUGAAUGUAACUUUAAAUGUAUUUAUGACUUAACUAUUUCUAUGUGUACAAAUUUAGAUGUGACUAUACCAAAACCUAAAAAACGUAAAAUUGCACAACGAAUUGAUAGUGGUGGUAGUAAUCAGUUCUUUCCAGAUACAAAUGAACAAGAAUUAAGACUCGGGUCAUUUUAUCCUAUGCUUGAUAUAAUUAUGAAUGGUUUAGAUGAAAGAUUUAAUCAAGAUACUAUAAAUAUAAUAAGUUCAAUAGAUAAAUUAUUAAACUUGGAUAUUACUAACACAGAUUUGAAUAUUUUAUCUAAUCAUUUUAAGUGUAAUUACGAUGAACUUGUUAGCGAAAUUCGAAUUUUAAAAAAAGAUGAUACGACACCUAAAAAGUUAACCAAAUCAAGCACAUCAAUCCUACAUUUAUGGUUACAGUGGUUAAACAUGUUUAACAGAAAUGUUUUAUUUAAUAAUUUUAGCAUUGUUUUGAAAAAAUUCUCAGUUAUUCCAGUUACCAGCUGUAAAUGUGAGAGAUCAUUUUCCAAAUUAACUCAAGUUAAAUCAAAAUUAAGAACAUCAAUGGUCCAAGAACGAUUGAAUAGUCUAAUGCUUAUAGCAAUUGAACAAGAAAUUGCAGUAAAUAUUGAUGUCGACGCCGUUAUAGAUGACUUCAAAAAUAAAGUUGAUUAUAAAAGAAGAUUGACUUUAUAA